AUGGUCAUUCCAGUCGUGGGCGCCUCCCCACAAGAUGCACCCGCACCAGCUGCUGUCAAGGAGUUUCACUCCUAUUUCUGGUGGGGCAUCUUCCUGAUACUGGUAUCAAUGGCAGUGCUUCAAGUAGUUGCUGGAGAUGGAUUUGGCAUGUUCUUCACGCUAAUAUUGGCCGCCAUUGUCUACUAUAUGGUGUCAGACAGCUGCGCCAACAUGUCGAUGUAUUGCUUACUAGUCUUUGGUCUUAUAUCUGGUUUCGAAUCGCUCUUCGGCGUCCUGACGCUUUUCAGUGUAGUGGGUGGUCGCAGCUCGAGCACCACCCUCAUCACUGGCAAGGAUGCCACCAGCGUCACCUACGAGACGCAGGUCAAGAUACAUCCUCUUUUCGACUCCUCGCAAGGGUCAAAGUACAACAUACAGUCAGCCUUGCUGGUGGCGCUUCCAGUUGUCAUGCUGCUUAGCGCGCUGCUUUCGUGGUGGUCUUUCCGUGCCUACCCGAAUUCCUUGUUUUCGGAGUUCGACGAGGCCAGCACCAUUUACUUUCUGAGCGAUCUCGCAAAUUUUGCAGCGAUCAAUAAGCCUCAGCAUUUGGGAUUCCUUUCGCGUAGAUUAUAUUGUCAUGUGGUUUGA